AUGCCUGCAGUAAUAAUUGUUGUCGCCGUCGUAGCAACUUUCGCAAUUUUCGAGGUAAAGAGGCGAAAGCACAGGAGGUUUUUCGACAGAAACGGCGGUGACAUACUCAAGAGCAUGGGCAUUAACAUCUUCACGGAGGGUCAACUGAAGAAAAUCACAAACGGCUACAAAAAAUCUAUCGGAGAAGGUGCCUUUGGCAAGGUCUACAUAGGGGUAACCGAUGACUCCCAACAGGUUGCCGUUAAGUGCUCCACUGCGAAAGGCGAUGUUCUUCCACAGGAGGAGUUCGUUAACGAGAUCACCUUCCAGUUCCGCAUCAGCCAUGCAAACCUUGUCCGCCUCGUCGGGUGCUGCCUCGAGACAGACGUUCCCAUGCUUGUCUUCGAGUUUGUCCCCAGAGGCAGCCUACACAGCGUCCUCCAUGGCGCCGGCAAGACGCUCCCUCUGUCCUUGCCAGUGCGCCUGGACAUUGCCAUUGGCUCAGCGGAAGCUCUUACCUACAUGCACUCGCACGGUGGCCACAACCACGUCCAUGGCGAUAUCAAGUCCGGCAACAUCCUCCUCGACGAUAACCUCACACCCAAGGUCUCUGAUUUCGGGUCGGCGAAGCUCGUGUCCGUCGCCAGCAGGUACUCCAAGUGGUGUGUGUCAGGGGACAUGAGCUACAUAGACCCAAUAUACAUAAAGUCUGGCCGCUUCACGGAGAAGAGCGACGUCUACAGCUUUGGUGUGGUGCUCUUGGAGCUCGUCACCAGGAAGCCGGCCAAGUACGGGGACAAUAGCCUCUACAUAGACUUCAUCAGGUCCUUCAAGGAGGAGGGCAAUGGAAGGAAGUUGUACGACGAAGAGAUCUUGUCUGGUGAUGAUGAUGCCCGAUCACAUCAUCACAUGGAAUGUCUUGACAAGAUCAGUAGGCUCCCGGUCCAAUGCCUCAAGGAAGACGUGGAUGAGAGACCGACCAUGGCUGAGGUGGUGGAGGAACUUAAGGAAGUGAAGGCAAUAGCCAGCGGAGGCUUAAGUUCUGUUGCAAGCUAA